GGAAAUGCAUUUAUUAUUCCAAAGUUUUUGAUUGUGGGUGGGACUGCAGUCUGAAUUAUUGGAUGCUUAUUAGUUGUCUUUCUUUUGUUGGGGUUUCUCUUGGUUAUUAUUACGACUACUACUACUACUACUACUACUACUAUUAUUACUACUACUACUACUACUAUCACCAUAUGUAAGCCGUUCACUUUAUUGAUACUUUUUAUCUUACAAAAUGCUUCGUUUUUGAGCACGAUAAAACAGCUUCUUGAUCUGAUGAGUCUCACAAGCAGACUUAUAAAGUCCGUCGGAUUCCGAUUGUCAAUUCUCGUCGGUCGCAACAAUAGGAGUAGAGCAGCUCACAUAGAAUCGCUCUCUUCAAAGCUCAUCGUUUCCUUGCUCAUGCUCAUGCCAACAAUAUCGUCACCGAGCGUGGAUUCGGUCAUUAUAGCCGUUAGCACCCCCGGUGUACCUAAAUUCUAUGCGAAGGCUUUCGGUACGGAAGAUUCCUGUCCUGAGACUUAGUUUGACUUCGACAAAGACACACUUUUCGUCGACUACGGCAGGGAUCGGAUGUUUGAAAUGCGUUGACAUCCCGAUUCUUUGUGAUGCGAGGAGUUCAAGAAGAUUCGCCGCUGGCGGUAUUAUCCUGGGCACAUCAUGUCGACCUUGAUGAGGUGGAAGAGGAGCAGAGUCCGGAAGGACUGCUUCGCGAUACUCUGAUGGAAUUUCAGAACGUGGAGGUCUUCACGACAUUACAUCGACAUUAUGAAAACAAGCAUUGUUGUGAUCUCCAAUUUCUGGAUGUUGUAGACA